ACUGUAUUAAUGUCUCACAACGAAUCUAUCUUUGAUUUGUACGAUAUAAAGAUGCAGGGUUUCGAAUUGUACGCAGCUACAUGCUGGUUCAUCACCAUCUUCUUCUUCACCCUGAUCGGAGAUGCCAUCAUCCUUGUUGCUUCAAUCAAAUACAACGCAUUCAAACUUCAUGAUGGCGUAGUUGUAUUCAUACAGCAUAUUGCUGUUUGUGACCUGUUAAUGGCUGUCACUUGCAUUCUCCCCCAAAUAGUGUCACUUGUCGCCAACAGGUGGGUUUUGGGGACUGUCGUUCUCUACAUCAAUGUCUAUGGUCCUCGUUUAGGAUUUCCAGCUGGAUUAUACCUACUCUGUGGGAUGACAACAACGAAAUUGUUUCUUCUGAGAAAUCCCUUGAAAUCAAGGUCUAUAUCAAGAAAGCACAUCCACAUACUGUGUACCGCUAUUUGGGGGUUUGCCUGCUACUUUCCAGCUACACUGAUGCUCGUUGAUAAAGAUGACGUCUACUUCGACUUCAGAAUAUACACCUGUGUUUAUGCAUACUCAACUGAUAAGAAAAAGUGGAAACUAUUAAAACCUUUGGUUCUUGGACUGCUGUCGAUCAUUCCAACAAUCAUAAUAGUUUUAGCAUCUGUCCUUCUGGUAAAAUAUCUGAUCGAGGCAAGGAAACUCUCCAGUAAAUGCAACGGAAGCCUCCAAUGGAAAGGUAUUGCGACUGUUUUGUUCACAGCGACAGUUUUUAUAAUCUCAUCAGCUCCGUUAACUGUCUUUAAUCUUACCGAAUCUUACGUGGAGCUAGAAUACCAUUCCUUUCAUGUGCAUUUCUACAGGACAGCCUACUCUUUCAUGUAUUUCACUGUUGCUACUAACAUUUUUAUUUACUAUUUCACCGUACCAAGCUUUCAAGAAUUCUUGAAGUCGAGGAUCAAAACCACCUCCUCUCAAAACACAGAAAUAUCGACAAACAGUGAAGCUAGUCUAAGAAACAAGAAAACAAAUACAGCCAUCUCGCGGGUGCAACUAAAUUCCUUAAGUUCAAUGAAGAGCACACAAGAUUAUGGGACAAAUUUAAAGAGGGCAAACACGCAAUAGA